AUGACGAAGAGGCAAAGGGAGGACGAUGAUGGCGCCGUGGACGAGCAGAAAUCUGCGAAGCGCACGAAGCCAUCAUCGCUAGACCGCCUGUCGAGUCUGAGCGAUGAACUGCUCCUCAAAGUGCUCUCGUUCCUUCCUAUUUCACAACUAGUAGCUUGCCAGAGACUCUCUCACAAAUACCAGAAGCUGGCUGGCGACGGGCAGAUAUGGAAGUCACAUUACUACAACCGCUUCAUUCGCCCACGUGCGAGCAGAUUACCGGGCCUAAAGGAUCAAGGGACAUCGACUGAGAGCUUACAUUUCGCCUCGAGAGCAUCCAGGUGGCUUGAGGAAGAGCAUCUUGUCAAGAGCGGUGUAAGGACGAACUGGAAGAGGCAGUACAAACUCCGCCAUAAUUGGUCAAAAGGAAGCUGUGAAGUGAACGAGAUACCUGUCGCCGAACAAGCAGCCAUACCCCCGAUACUGGUUCAGAUGCAUGAUGGCAUCAUAUACACUGCAGACCAGACAGACGGUCUUCGAGCAUGGGCGGCCAAAGGCUCAAGGCAACGUGUGGCCCAGUUAGCUUUCCCAUCUUCAAAGGUGCCCCGGCCACCAACAGCCCUGGCGAUCGACGCACAAUCACGAGCGGACCAUGAUGUUACAAGGGUGAUUGUUGGUUUUGAAGACGGGUCGUUCAGCAUCUAUGUGUUGCACCGGGCCGAUGCGAUCUUCAGGCACCAAUACACACAUGAGCCGUCAUCGAACGGAGUCAUAUCAGCGACCGCAGUGUCCUGGCCUUACGCAGUUACAAUGACAGCAACCCAGAUGCUUUCUCUGUAUCAGUUUGGAGAUGGCCCAAGAAAUACGAGCGACCCUCCUCGACUCUUGCACUCGCUGAAGUCGCAUACCGCAUGGCCGCCGCUUUCGACUUCACUAAGAACCACAGCAUCGGCGAUAGUCAUUUGCGUUGCAUACGCGCUGCCCACGUAUCUUUCGGGCUGGACCGUCGGUAUGCAGGAGGUCAAGGUAAAUCUGGCUGGUGACCUUCUGGAUUCGCGCAUUGCUUCCGCCAUAGAUCAACAUUACCGGCCUCUCGCGUUCUCUACUCGACCGAUGAUGCACCACUUAGGGGCCUUCACACCUGGACCUGGUGCAUCGGCGGCCUUGGAGCUCAGACACAUUCAUUCGAAACCGACAUCUCUCUCAUACACCCACCCAUACCUGCUAGUAUCGCAUCCCGACAACACGCUCACCCUGUACCUGGUGACUUCAACAGCGGACACACUCUCAAUCAGCGCCGGCAGCCGGCUCUGGGGACAUACCUCGUCCAUAUCUGGUGCACAUGUGGGUGGCCGUGGUAAGGCCGUGUCAGUUAGCAGACGAGGCGAUGAGCUACGUGUUUGGGAGCUUGAAGGCGGAUUCGCAUCAACUGCUGCAAAAAGGCGACUCGCGAGUGGGGAUUUGAGCGUUCAGAUCAAGCCAACGUCACAGUCGGGCAUGGAUCUCAUCAGUAAAGCUAUACAGCAUCGACAGUCCGGGACAGCAUGCGGACAUGAGUCCGCCCCUGACGACAGUUCAGAGUUGACUCUUACACGAGGGUGGAUUGGAUUCGACGAUGAAGCAGUGGUGGUUCUGAAGGAGCGGAGCCAGGGCAGACAGAACCUCAUGGUUUACGAUUUCACGUGA